AUGCGUCGGUGCCGUCAUCCUAAGAAUCCAUCUUCAUUCGAAAAACUGAUAGAUAUCUUGAGCCAACAACAAAAUUCAGCAUAUGGAUCAGCAAUGCACAAUCCAUCCUCUAAUUUUUUUCAACAACAAUUACCAUUAAUGGCAGAAGGCGAAAGGGUUGGCAUAGUUUUUGCAAAUUUAGAUGCGAUUCAAAAAUAUAGGAAUGAGCUGUUCACAGUAACCCUUGUAGGAAUUGAUGGGACUUUUAAGACGGUUCCCAGAUAUCCACCUCAGUUCACCAAAGGUUGGCUUGUGACAUUUCAGUCUUUUCCAAUGGUUUACACACUGACUUCAAAAAUGACCCAGGCUGUAUAUGAGUCUUUUUUGAUAAUUACUCGCCAGAUUUUUCUGUUAAAUUAUGCGGAGCUAGUAAUAAUAUCGGAUUUUGAAAGGGGUUUGAUAAAUGCUGUGAAAUCAACAAUUCUCGAAAGCAAAUUCCAGGGGUGUUGGUUCCAUUUUUGUCAAUCUGUUGUAAGGCACUGCAAAAGGAGUUUAAAUAGUAUAUUUAAUCUAUUUCAAUCAAGUCCUGAGGUGGCUAAAAUAUUGCGCAUGAUCUUAGCCUUAUCACAUUUGCCAGCACAAGUACAACCCAAUUGUAGAUUCACAAUUUACAAUGGGUUUAGGGUAGUUGUUGAUUUUGCCAACUAAUAUCCAAACAUCGCUCAAGGUUUGGACAUUUUUCUGUUUAGUUAUAUUGAAGAUUUUUGCCUCAUUGAAAUUGGCGCUGCAUACAUAGGUGUUUACGGUUCUGAUGUCCGCACUAACAAUUAUUUGGCGCCAUUUGAUGCGACAUUACUAAACCAAAUGGGAAAACAUCCAAAUAUUUCGGAUUUUUUGCAAAAACAAUUGCUGAUCGAAAAUCAGUUUUAUAUUGAAAUGGGCCAAGUUCGAAGAAACCCAACAGUUAGAAACUAUACGCCUAGCGUGGAAAGAGUAGAUGCAACCCGUAGGAUAAGAUAUUACAUUAAGAGGACGUCGAACGUGUAUAUUGAAGGUGUAAAACAUGCCUCAGCUCUAUGCACAUUACACAAUACACAAAUACAGCAGAAACGUGAUUUUAACACUAAUAGAAAGAUCGUGACUUAA